CUCUCAGCUCAGCGGCGAGAGAGACACUGCCACUCCCCUUCCUCGCUCCCUCCGCUCCUCACCCCAGCCGCCGCCGCAGCCCCGGCGAGCCCCCCGCGCCCCCCGCCGCCCGCCCGCACGCCGGGGCGCCCACGGGCUCCCAGCCGCGCGCGCCACAGCUCCGGGGCUCGGAUCUCGCCCCGUCCCGCCGCGGCACAAGGCCAGGCCGCCGGAUUCGCUCCCCCGCCCGAUUCGCCGCCGCCCGGGCCGCCUCACCACUUCUCCCUGGCCUCGACGCACCGGGAAUCCCGCAUUCGGCCAGAUGGACGCGGAGGACGCGCUGGGGUUCCGGGAGGACGACGCCAUCCGCUUCAUCUUCGGCGAGGACGUCGCGUCCAGGGCCGACGACGACUCCGCCGCCGGUGCGAGUGCGUUCGACAGGUCGCUCAUGGAGCUCCGCGUCUUCCAGGAGGUCUUCUCCAGGGCGCCGGGGCAGAAGGGGGCCGCCGGGCUCGCGGGGAGGCCGCACUUCGGGGUGGCCGAGACCUCGCUGCUCCCCGGCGCCCACUUCGCCGCGCAGCGGCCCGCGGAUGCGCCCCGGGCCCAUGCGGGCCUCAGCCUCAAGGUCCAGCCGCCCCCGCCGUUCCGCGGCGAGCACAUUGUGUCCGCCCCGGUGCACGCCGGAGCGGGCCUUGGCACGGAGGCACAUGCGCAUGCUCCCCGGCAGCAGAGCAUUGUUACUACAACGGAGGGCAGAGUGGAUCUCGGUGCCAGCAAUGGAGGGCAUGCGCAUUGUUACAAUGAGCAACAACGCGGCACUGCUGUCCAGGAGCAUGCACAUUGUUACAACAAUGGCCAACACGGGACCGCUGCCCAGGAGGAGCAUGCACAUCGUCACGCCGAGCAGAAUGGGGGGAUCGAUGGGCUGGCUCUCGAGCUGGAUGCCGUGCUGCAGGGUUUCUUAGGGUACUGGCCAGGUGGAGGCAUGGCUGGGAGCUGUAACCAGCAGCAAGUGUUUGGUGCAGCUGCUGUCAGUAUCGGUAACACCGUUGACAUGCGCAUGCAAGCGAUGGCUGAAGACAACAACAUUGCUGCUGGGAUGUGUGAGGCAGUCAGGUUUGCUGGCAGCAGCAGCACAAGUGGGGUCGAUGAUCCCAUGCCGUCCUACAUGGACGCGCUGGCAGAGUUCUCACAGUUCCAGGCUGAUCCUUCUCUUGCCGACCCGUUUUUGUAUCAGUGGCUACAAGAUCAGCAGCCGUUCCCGAGCGAUGCCUCAUGCUUAAGUUAUGACCAAGGACAAAUCGUUGACAAUAGCCAAGCGCUGUACACAUGUAGCCCGGCAGAUUUAUCUGACAGAGGUGCCAUAGAAUACCCACACUUCAGCAAGCCAGCCUAUGAUGCCGCAGCGCCACCUCGCCUCUCCCAUGAUUAUAUUGGAUCUGGGCAGUUUCUUGAACUUGACCACCUUCCUGAGAAGGGUACGCCCGAAGCAAAUACUAGUUCACUAGAUGAUGUUGAUGUUCCUCAGUCCAGCAGUCUACAGUCUGUACCACCUGUUGCUUGUACCAAGAGGACUUUAGGCAGGGAUCUUCCUGAUCAGUUGGAAGCGCAUGCGCAAUGCCUUUUCAAGGAUGCUGGCUGGACCAUCAAGCCACGGAAAAGGAAUGACAGGGCUAAGAUGGCAUCCUAUUUCACAGCACCACACAGGGAAGUGGUCCUCAGCUCACUAACUCAGGCCUGGAAGUUUUGUGGGAACAAAUUAUAUGAAGCUUCUCCCGGUUCACAGAGGGGUAAGCAUCCGAUGGAGUGGUCAGACGUUGAUAAGUUUUGGAAGGACCUCACAGAUACUAUGGAGUAUAUCCAGAAGGUACUUGUGAAUCAACAAAGCGCACUCACACUUCUUGAACGGUGGGAGCUUUUGGAUCCUUUCGUUGCUGUCGUGUUCAUCGGUAGGAAAAUUACUGCUCUGCAACAGGGUAGUACUGUCAGAGCUGUUGAUAGUUCAAUCAUUGUUCUUGAUGACAACAAGAAUAUGCCCUCGGAAAGUAAAAGGAAACAGAAAGCCAGUGACCCUUUAACCGCCCGCAAGGUUCAGCCCACUCCUGUGAUCACGGGAUCUGAUUGUGGAGCACGAGCAAUUGAGAGCUGCAGCAGGAGCCAGGCUGUACCGAGCUGUCAUGAUUUGGAAGGUGUCCAGAACAGGGAUAUUAACCUGAAAAAUGGCUACACACAAGGUCAGAAUUGCGGGGCAAUUGACCGAAAUGAGAAUCACAUUAAUCAGAGCACUGAAACCCAGCAAUUUUACUCAGGAGCAGCGCUCAUCAAUAAUUCCGUGAAAAAAGCAAGGAAGAAGCCCAAAAUGACAUCGGAUGUUGAUGCAAAUGGAUUAGAUGGGUUGUACGCUCAAAUAUUUAUGCAGCACUCUAUGGGGAGUGUAUUUAACCAAGACAGCAACGUAGCGAUGCUUGAUUUUUCUAAUCCAGGAAUCAUUAACCUCCCUGGAAAACAUGGUAUUUAUUCUUCUGUUGGCACAGUGAAAAAGCAUUUGAAAGCUGAAUCCAGACCGUUAAAGCUAAAUGGAAACAGCCAAAGCGACAAACUUGGCAUGCUGUUGCCUCCAGAGAGCAAGCAAAUGAGCAUGCUAAAUCGUGAGGGUACUGUUAAAGAACCUUUGGAGCAUACAACCUCAGGACCUGGUUCUGAUGCAAGGGAGUCAGGUUCCAAUGAAACCGCCCCUAUAGAGUUGGUCCAGAAGAAGUUACCUUCAGAGAGCAACCAAAUGAUUGUGUUAAGAGGUGAGGGUACUGUUAAAGAACCUACGGAGCAUACAAUCUCUGAACCUUAUUCUAAUGCAAGGGAGUCAGGUUCCAAUGAAACUGUUCCUACAGAAAUGGUCCAGAAGAAGUUGCCUUCAGUGAGCAACCAGACGAGUAUGUUAAGAGGUGAAGGUAUUGUUAACGAACCUAUGGCGCAUACAAUCUCUGAACCUGAUUCUAGUGCAAGGGAGUCAGGUGCCAAUGAAACUGUUCCUAUAGAAAUGGUCCAGAAGAAGUUGCCUUCAGAGAGCAAGCAGAGUAUGUUAAGAGGUGAGGGCACUGCUAUGGAACAUAAACGCCUUAAAAGCUCUGAACCUGAUUCAAAUGCAAGGGAGUCAGGUGCCAGUGAGAUCGCCCCUGUAGAAAUGGUCUACCAGAAGUUGCCUUCAGGGAGCAAGAAGAGCAUGUUAAGAGGUGAGGGUACUGUUAAAGGACCUACAGAGCAUACAAUCUCAAAACCUGAUUCUAAUGCAAGGGAGUUGAGUGCCAAUGGGACUGUCCCUUCAGAAAUGGUCCACAAGAAGUUGCCGUCAUUGAAGGAAUCAUCUCCUAGAACUCCCCCCAAGGACCCCCCUAAGGUUUCAGUCGACAAUGCUGUUCCUGUUGAGUUAUCCCUUGAGUCUAAUGCUGCUCCCCUGAAAACUGAUUUAUCUCAUGACUCACAAAUCUGCAAGACGAUCGCUGCUAAAAGGAAACCUCAAGGUUGUGAUAAACAUAUCAAGAAAAGACCUCUUGAGUUGCGUAUCCACGACGAUGACCUUUUGAUCACAGCUAUUGUAAAAAACAGGGACGUCGACUCCUACAACAAAUUUGCUGCAAGCUCAGAUUUUUCGGUUGCAAAGUACAAAAAGCUUAAAGGCCAAAAGAGGGCUACCAAACUGCUUGGAAAAGGGGGGACAAACCUAUUGGGUGGGAAGAGAAUAAGUUUGGCACGGAAAACUGUGCUCUGCUGGUUGAUUGCAACUGGCUUUCUGACCGUAAAAGAUGUUAUCCAGUAUCGGAAUCUGAAGAGCAACGAAGUCAUGAAGGAUGGGAAGGUCACCUGGGAAGGCAUUCUUUGCAAAUGUUGCGCAAAAACCUUAUCUGUAUCAGACUUCAAGGCUCAUGCUGGUUGUUGUCUGCCCAAGUCCUCAUUAGGCCUCUUUCUGCAGUCUGGCAAGUCGUAUACUCUAUGCCAGUUGGAGGCUUGGUCUGCCGAAUUGAUGAGCAGGAGAAGUGAUGCAUGUGGUAGGAAAGUCGAGGCGAUGGAUGAAAAUGACGAUACAUGUGGUUUCUGUGGAGAUGGCGGUGAAUUACUUUGCUGUGACAAUUGCCCAUCAACAUAUCAUGAAGCUUGCUUGUCUGCCCAGGAGCUUCCAGAAGGCAGUUGGUACUGCCAUAAUUGCUCAUGCCGGAAAUGUGGGACUCCAGUUAGUGAAAAUGAGGUUCCGUCAUCCUCAGAUAUCUUGAAAUGUCUGCAGUGUGGAGAUGCAUACCAUGACACGUGCAUUAAUCAUGAGAUGCUGCCCUGUGAUGAUAAAAGAUCUAACACAUGGUUUUGUGGGAGAUACUGUAAGGAGAUAUUCCUUGGACUGCAUAGUCAUGUUGGUAUAGAGAAUAUUAUUGACAAUGGGCUUUCAUGGACCCUAUUGAAGUGCUGCAGUGAUGGUCGGAAGCUACAUUCUGCCCGGAAGAUAGCCCAUAUGACGGAAUGUAAUACAAAAUUGGCAGUGGCUCUUACUUUACUGGAGGAAUGUUUCAUUCGUAUGGUUGAUCCUCGAACUGGUGUAGACAUGAUACCACAUGUGUUGUACAAUAAGGGAUCAAACUUUGCGCGCUUAGAUUAUCAGGGAUUCUACACUGUAAUCCUGGAGAAAGGUGAUGAGAUUCUGUGUGUAGCAUCUAUCAGGUUACAUGGGACCAAAGCAGCCGAACUGCCUUUCAUUGCUACUUGUCUGGAUUAUCGCCGUAAAGGGAUGUGCCGAAGGCUGCUGGAUAUCAUUGAAAAGAUGCUGAGAUCGUUCCACGUUGAGAUGUUGGUCCUUUCUGCCAUCCCAGAGCUGGUUAAUACAUGGGUCUCGGGAUUUGGUUUCAAACCUAUCAAGGAUGAUGAGAGGAAACAACUUCGUAACGUUAAUUUGAUGUUAUUUCCCGGGACAUCCCUGCUAACCAAAAGAUUGGAUGGAAAUAUAACUACAAAACCAGAAAAGGAAGAAGACACAUAUAAUGUUUCUGGAUUAACUAAUGGGAAAUGUUUGCCUAAUGGGAAAGCAAAUGAGCAUCUUGAACUCCGUGACCUUGAACUGCCAGAGGAGUUGAAUAAUGAGGUUACAAUGAAUGGUUCUUUGAGAACACUAAAACGUGAAUUUAGUCCUGCAGCAUGGUUCAAUUCCACUAAGCUAGCUGUUGGUGAAGUGUGAUUUCUUGCAAAAUACGACAUCCGGACUCUAUCCUAGGUCAAUCAGCGUUAGCCAACUUUGUCUUGCUGGUCUACGGCUGAAUAAUUAUAUUGAAGCUUGCUGCUGUGGUCAUGCAACUAUUUCCAGGCAACAAGACAUGGUCAUCAGAGCUGAGCUUUGUGUUAUCGGACCAGAGGAUAUGGUCAUCCAUUAGUGUUUACGACCAAGAAACCACAACAUGCAAAGCCAGUGUUUCUGGAGCUGCUUGUCUGAGAGUUCCAGAAACUUGGAGGACUCCAGUACCCGAGCUGAGGCAACCUGGGCAUUUGAAGCACAAGAAAGAUGAGGUCAGUGGUCUGAGAACUGGAGACCCUUGGCCCUCCCAGACAGGAGGUCACCUAAGCUCUUUGCUCGGGCACAAAAGGGCUACCGUGGAGACAGUUUAUAGAGCUGUCUAACACUUGGGAGGCAUAAAUGCAAGCAGUUUGCAGAAGCCAUCUGAGAUGUUCCAGUUGGAGGCAUCAGCAAGAAGGUGCCGCAGGGACCAGAGUAGAUUAUCAUGAAAGUUUUGUGCACUAUUUUGCAAAGAAGAUAGCUAAACGGAACCCUGGCAAACCAACCGUUGCUCUCGGGUCCGCGGGCGCACACGCACUGAACUGACCUUAUGGCAUCCUCUCAAGACUCGUGGGAGUGGGACUAUCUGAGGCAAUGUUGGCGAACCGGGUAGCAUCCCUUUAUCAGAUGCAAACUGGGGCAAUUGCACUACAACCAACAGUUCUGUCGAGAGUCCCUCCGUCCUCUUCACCGGUGCAGUUCAUGUUGGAAUUCGUGCUUGUUCUGCAGGUACCGUGCAUGUAUAGUCGGUGAACAAAACCAAGUUAAGCGCACACUUGGACAGGGGCACGGCUUAGUAAAUGUGUAUGGAUCAAUCUAUUUGUAGUAUUAGCAAAUGUGCAGUUGUUCCUUACUGUACACAAUGCAACAAGUAGACAUUUCUCUGAGUACACAGUAAGUUGUUGGUGCAAGAAGGAAAAAAGAAACAAAUCUCAAAGCUAAGUGAAAAAGUAAUAGGUA